AGAAGAUAAUUACGAGAAAGAAAUUGAAAACCAGAGAGAUUUCCAAGCCUCUUGGACACACAACAUUUGUUCUGUUGCCUCCUGCAAGCUCUCAUGGAGAUUCUUCAUUUCCUGUUUAUUGUUCUCAGUAGCUUUGUUGCACUGUUCAGUUGCAUUUACCUUUAUACAAAGAGACCAGGCACUUGUAGGAAAGGAAGUUGCAGCGCCCUUCAAGCUGGUGGUGCCUUGCCUAUAAUUGGCCACAUGCACCUCUUUGGCGGCCACCUACUGACACACAAAACGCUAGCUGCCAUGGCUGAGAAAUAUGGCCCAAUUUUCACCAUCAGGCUGGGAUCAAGAACUUCCUUGGUUUUAAACAGUUGGGAAGUAGUCAAAGAGUGUUUUACAAUCCAUGAUAAGGCUUUUUCUGGUAGACCAAGCCUUACUGUUAUAAAGCUUCUAGGUUAUGACUUUGCCAUGUUUGGCUUUGCUCCUUAUGGGCCCUACUGGAGAGAGAUUCGCAAGAUUGCUGUGAUUGAGCUUCUGUCAAACCACCGGAUUGAUCUUCUCAAAUACAUAAGGACUUCAGAAAUAGAGAUCGCAACCAGAGUACUGUACAAGGCAUGGCUUAGCAAUGGUAGUGCAGAAAGUGGGGUAUUAGUGGAUAUGAAGCAGCAGUUUGGAGAUUUGACUCAUAAUAUUGCUUUGAGAAUGGUGGGAGGGAGAAGAUACUUUGGACCAAAUGCUGAUUGUGGGGAAAGAGAAGCAAGGAGAUGCCAGGAAGUGAUGAGGGAAUUUUUUCAUCUGUUUGGGGUGUUUGUGUUAUCUGAUGCUAUGCCAUUUCUUAGGUGGUUGGAUUUUCAAGGAUAUGAAAAAGCCAUGAAGAAGACUGCAAAAGAGUUGGACAUUCUCAUAGAAGGGUGGCUAGAGGAGCAUAAACAGAGAAGACUUCAGGAUGAAGAGGUGAAGAAGGGGCAGGAUUUCAUGGAUGUGAUGUUGAACAUCCUGAAAGAUGCCCAGGUUUCUGGCUUCAGUGCUGACACCAUUAACAAGGCCACUUGCUUGAACUUGAUCUUGGCGGGAAGCGAUACGACCAUGGUCACUCUCACAUGGGCACUGUCUUUGCUACUUAACAAUUCUCACGUCUUAAAGAAGGCUCAGGAGGAGCUAGACAUCCAUGUUGGCAGAGACAGACAUGUGGAAGAAUCUGAUAUCAAGAACCUAGUCUUUCUCCAAGCCAUUGUCAAGGAAACAAUGCGCUUAUACCCACCUGUUCCCGUAAUUCACCGGGCAGCAACGGAAGAUUGCACCCUUUCAUCUGGGCAUCACAUUCCAGCAGGCACACAAGUAAUGAUUAAUGUUUGGAAUAUUCACCAUGACAAACUUGUAUGGCCCAAUCCUGAUGAAUUUCAGCCUGAGAGAUUCUUGACAAGCCAUAAAGAUACAGACAUCCGAGGCCAGAAUUUUGAACUAAUUCCUUUUGGCUCGGGAAGAAGAUUAUGCCCUGGAAUCUCACUAGCCCUUCAGGUAGUGCAUUUUGCAUUAGCUAGCUUCUUACACUGCUUUGAAGUUGCUAAGCCAUCAAACAUGGAAGAAGUGGACAUGACUGAAAGCACUGGUUUGACAAAUCUGAAAGCAACCCCACUUGAAGUUGUUAUAACCCCUCGUCUUAGUUCCAAGCUUUAUGGAAAUUGAAUUAGCAGAUUAUCAGCAAAAGUACCUUGUAGUCCCUUUCAGCACUCUGCUUCUAUGAAUCUUUGCAGCUUUUAUUCAAUUUACUGUGUACACUUGAGCAUUGUCAUGUGCACUUGAGUUCACUUCGUUAUUUAAUAAAACCAACGGAAGCUUCUAGCUUCUGGGCCAGGUUGCUCUAUGAGGGCAAAAGCUUCCAUUUAGUCUCACCCUUUUAAUAUAUUUGCCGCUUUUAG